UCACUACAUGGAAGCUAUUUGCUUUUCUUCCGUGUGUUUUUACAGCUACUGAAAUGUUGGGAAUGUGUUACGUAUCGUCUAAAAGGUGUUCAUAAAAGACACCUGGCGCCAUGUGCGAAAUGAAAGUAAGACUACUUUAAAUCUGAAUCACAGUGGCUUCCUUUAUGUACUUAUGCUAGCAUGAUGAUGCAUUCAAAGACAUUCAGGUGCGGAUGAAAUUGUAAUUUAAAAGAAAGUCAUCUGCACUACGAAGGAAGGCGUGGUGGUGAGAGAAAAAAAAAGAACAAGCUGGAGAUAUCCGUGUCUCCUCCUGCGGAUUGACAGCAGCCGGGGCAGAGGCAGCAGCUGUGGGAUGUGUCCACGUCCGAGCACCGCCCUCUCACACCGGCUGACGUCCAGCAGUCAGUCACCCACCAGGCAGAACCUGUGACGGAAGUGUAUUUUAGUGCUGGACAUGUGAGUGACUUAUUUCAUUUGAUAGUAUCUAACGUGUUGUUAAAGUUGUGGAAAAGUCAUGGAAUGAAAACACCUCCACUGCAUUGGCUUUGAAACCAGGCAUGAUGUUGCGGGCCGAGCAGAGGGUGUAGCCACAUCUGGCAGAGCGCUUGCAAGAAGCACGAGCCUCGGCACACCCCAGCAUCUGCCGCAGUCUUGGAGAGAUGGGAGAGACGGAGGAGGAGAGGGACAACAAUGCGGGGAAGCUCUUUGAGGACUUCAUCCAGGCCUCCACCUGUAAGGGAACGCUACAGGCCUUCAAUGUCCUAUGCAGACAGCUGGACCUGGACCCCGCCGACCACAGCACCUUCUACUGCAGUCUGAAGGCCAAUGUUACCUCCUGGAAGGCGAAGGCACUAUGGAGCAAGCUGGACAAGAGGAUGUCCCACAAGGAGUACAACAAAGGUCAAGCAUGUGCUGGCACCAAGUGCCUCAUCAUCGGAGGAGGUCCGUGCGGUCUGCGUACAGCCAUCGAGCUAGCCAUGAUGGGCGCCAAGGUGAUGGUGAUUGAGAAGAGGGACUCCUUCUCCAGGAACAAUGUGCUGCAUCUUUGGCCCUUCACCAUUCAUGACUUGAGGGGUCUUGGGGCCAAAAAGUUUUACGGCAAAUUCUGUGCCGGCGCCAUAGAUCACAUCAGUAUUAGGCAGCUGCAGCUGAUCCUGUUGAAGGUGGCCCUCAUGGUUGGAGUGGAGUUUCACAUCAAUGUGGAGUUUGUCAAGCUGCUGGAGCCUCCCGAGGACCAAGAAAAUGAGAGGAUAGGGUGGAGAGCUGCAAUCCGACCUGCUGAUCACCCCGUGGCUGACUUUGAGUUUGACGUUGUAGUGGGGGCGGACGGGCGCAGGAACACGCUGGAAGGUUUCAAAAGAAAGGAAUUUCGGGGGAAGCUUGCAAUCGCCAUCACCGCCAACUUCAUCAACAGGAACACCACGGCAGAGGCCAAGGUGGAGGAGAUCAGCGGCGUGGCCUUCAUCUUCAACCAGAAGUUCUUUCUUGACCUCAAAGAUGAAACAGGUAUCGACCUGGAGAACAUUGUGUACUACAAGGACAACACACACUACUUUGUCAUGACGGCAAAGAAACAGAGUCUUCUGGAUAAAGGAGUUGUCAUCAAUGAUUACAUGGAAACACACAGGCUGCUGAGCCGUGAUAACGUCAACCAGGAAGCUCUUCUGUGCUACGCCCGAGAGGCUGCUGACUUCGGCACCAACUACCAGCUUCCCACGCUGGACUUCGCCAUGAACCACUGUGGGCAACCCGACGUGGCCAUGUUUGACUUCACCAGCAUGCACGCCUCUGAGAAUGCCGCUUUAGUCAGGGAGAGAUUUGGGCAUCGGUUGCUGGUUGCUCUCGUGGGCGACAGUCUGUUGGAACCCUUCUGGCCCAUGGGGACAGGUUGCGCCAGAGGCUUCCUGGCUGCCUUUGACACAGCCUGGAUGGUAAAGAGCUCGGCUCAAGGUCGAACAGCUCUUGAGCUGCUGGCAGAAAGGGAAAGCAUUUACAGAUUGCUGCCACAGACCACACCAGAAAACAUUGCCAAAAACCUGGAACAGUACACUAUCGACCCAGCAACACGAUACCCCAACCUCAUAUCCUCAUGUGUCAGGCCUCUUCAGGUGCGUCACUUGUACUUAAGCGGAGAGCUGAAUUCCUGCUCUUUGGAGCGCGCCGCCACCAUCCGUCGACCUGUUAAUAUCUACAGACGAGAUUCUGAAAGCAGACCGGCGAGGCUUCUCACGUGGUGCCAAAAACAGACAGAGGGCUACCAAAAUGUUGAGAUCACUGACCUCACAUCCUCUUGGAGAAGUGGCCUUGCCCUGUGUGGCCUGAUCCAUAGGUUCAAACCACAAUUGAUAGACUUUAAGUCACUAAAUGAGGAAAACCAGGCCACCAACCUCCAGCUGGCUUUUGAUAUUUUAGAGCGGGAAUUUGGGAUCAGACCCUUUGCAUCUGUAAAAGAGCUCAGCGGCUCCCUGGAGCUGGAGAAGACCAAAAUGAUAAGCUACCUUUCCAAGAUCUAUGAACUCUUCAGAGGCACCCCUUUACCUGAUGCAGGCUCCAGACGAGGGGAUGAAAACAGUGAAGAUUAUCCAUCUAAGGAAGGUCGAAGUAAUAAUAAUGUUCGUAAUCUUGCUCUGCCGAGGAAACGUGUUCCGAAGGAUGAGACAAAGUCAGACGGUACAGAUCCAAUUUACAAAAGGAAGAGAAAAUUUUGCACAUACUUGGAUGAGGUGGUGGCAGCCAUGGAGAACACCAAUGAGGCCACCAAUGUAUCCACUAAAAGCUCCUCAUUGCUAGACGGACGGGACCCCAAAGAGAACAAAGUGCGCUCCAUGGCUACACAGUUACAAGCCAAGUUUGACAGCACGACAAGCUACACCCAACGCAAACAGUUAGACUGUGAGAGGUCCUUCCCUCUUCAUAGUCUCGGCCCUGCUGAUUGUGCGCGCUUAAAACUAUCGCCUCCUGUUCCGCCCAAACCUCCACCUGAAAUGCAGUUUCAAGUCCGUAUCAGACAUGCGGCACAAAACUUAGUCUGUGUGCCAACUGAGGUACGCCGCAAAGACCAGCAGCUCCCACCUCAGCCUCAGUGCUCCUUCUCUAUCGUGAACCUCAGACAUGUGGCUCAGACGCAUGAACAUGCCAAGACCCCGCAUGAACCAGAGAGCGCUGUGUGCGCUACACCUUCCAUCCACUCAGCAGUCGCGGUCAUGUCGAGGGUCCUGCAGCGCCUUAGGGAGGUGGAUGAACUCAUUAGUGAGAAAAAAACUCAGUCACAGCAAACUAGAGAGUUUCAGUCAAAGAGCAUAAAGGAAAAAGCAGCUCACCUCAGCGGUUUGAUCUCCUCAGACAGCAAUGUUGUUAUCAAGGGCAGCUCAGUCCAAAGGGCGUUCCCUCAGUCGAGUGAAAAGUGUCACUCAUGUGAUCGACGUGUUUAUUUGGUGGAGAGGAUUUGUGCGGAUGGAUUGUUCUUCCACAGAGAGUGUUUCCGAUGCACCACCUGCAGCAGUACCCUGCGCCAGGGAUCGCAUGCCUUUGAUUCUCAGCAUGGAAAAUUAUACUGCAAGCUUCACUUCGACCAACUUAAUAAUGGUUUGCAUCGUAAUCUGUCAACACGCUUAAAGCAUUAUGGAAACAGAGUUCAGGACCGAUGUGCAGCAAAUGAAGACAGCACCACCUCCAACCAGACGACAGAUCUGCAGAGCCGACCUGCAGCAGGUACCUUCAGCUCUUUCGUGAGGAGGCAGCUGAGCUGGCCGCUGAGUGUGGCGCACACGGUGUGUAGUGCCCCGCGGCGUGUGUCCCGCCGUGUACGCAGCGCAGCACAGGCCCUGACCGGACACAUAAGGGACAAUGCCCAGGACUAUGCUUUCAUGUAUGAGCUGCUGAGCAUGAGCUUGCCUCUGCUGCUCGUUUUACUCGAUGUUUUGCUGCAGAUCCGAAUGGAGGCCUUGCCUAGCGGGCAGAGCUCUAUGCUGCUGUGGCGGUAGGAGUAUGUCUGGUGAAGUUUAGGCUUAUCCGGACAGCCAAAUCUAACAAACAGCAAACACUAAGGUGCUCAUUCAUUCAAAUGCAGCUCUGCACACCUUUUACAGGAAACAUGUUGAAUUUCAGGUUGCAUCAAAUAGGUAGAACUAGUCAAGCAAUUACACUCACAUAGGUCUGAACCAUUUGUACUGGGAACUAAUAGUUUUAUAUUUUGAUUCUUUUAAUCCCUUUAAAGAACAAAGAUUGGGUUUGAAUUGACCAAAUGUCUCCCUCAUAAUAAUAAGUUCUCACCAAUUAUUAGUACUAGAACAAUCCUUUUUGUUGGUAAAUCAGGUGCAUUUGAGAUCAGACGGCUAAACACUGACACCUGCUGGAAGUUUUUCGUAAUGAUCCUUAAUAAUGGAUCUUACAGCACAGUUCGAAUUGCUUAACUCAGGUCAUGGUGACUGACUGCCUUCAUGCACUUUAUUAUUAGAUAACUGCCUUAAUAAUUUAGUAAAAGAAGCACCAAAGAACGGAGACAAGUUUGGUGUGAUCGUACCCAUGUUGCAAUUUGCUCAUUUUUAUUAUUUUCAUUAUUAUUAAGUGACGUUUCUUCAUACUGUGGGAUUCCUCUCAGUGUUUAGUUUGUACUUUGCUGCCAUCUACUGUUUACUCAGCGAAAUGAACGUGGAAGACUCCACCCUGUCACCCGUUAUCUGAGAGUUAAAUCAUUGACUAAUACUUUCUAUUUACUGUAGACAAUAGAGGUUGGUGAGCUCGCCACUCUUGCUGUUGUAAAGUGUUACUCGAAGGCCUUCCUGUUGCUUCCUUCAACAUCUAUAGAUGCUUAUGAAGGCACUUGUCUUUGAAUAUUGAAGUGUUUACAACAAUGCUGAGUUUGGUUGCUCUCAGCCACUUUUAUUUUCCAUGCCAUAUGACUGAAAAGUUUGAAACCGAGCUGAUUAUUUCUUCGGUCUGUGCAAAUACAUUAAACGCAUUUCCAAGUUGGCGUUAGCACAACACUUCCAUGACCAUGCAAUUCACCAAUGACAGUGUAUUUUAUGUGUUCUAAAUGUAUGGUAUUUUAUAAACACAUUCUGAUUACAUUAGUUUGUUUUUGUGUGGAAUGUCCUUUGUGUUUUAGACAGUUGUCUUUUUUCCUCUCAUCAGCUGACGCCUCGUAUGAACCAGCUGGAUGGUUACAGGUGUCAUGUUCAAGGUGAUCACAUGCAUGGUCACAACAUAUGAAACACAGUAAUAACUUUAAGUGUUUAUCUGCUGUAAUAAUUACAUUGACCAUUGUGAAAGGAUUAAAGUUGUCAUAACUCACCACAACUCACAAAAAGCUGCUGUGUGGCUGUUUUGUUUUCAUAAUACAGAUGAUGAUACUAACAUUUAGAUCGCUGUCAAGUAUUGGAAUAAAAACUAGGUAUCUGUACUUUUGGUGUUAUUUUUUAACUACAGAAAAUCUGACUUCAGAUUUUUAUACCCGUGAAUGUGAGAAGCAGCGAUGACUUCUCAGAUCUAUGUGCUUUUAUUUUUGAUUGACAUCCCAUGUCACCUUCAGGUACUAGCUACAAUAAGAACUACACAUAUUCCAGCCAAACAAGUUUAUUUUAUGUAAAGGGGACCUAUUAUGCUUGUUUUUUUGGCCCCUUUGUAUUGAGU